UGUUGGCCACAGUUGUUAGAAGACAUCAAAUUUUCAGAGUCCAUAAUAGUGUUUGAGAGUGCUUCAGUUUUACCUGUGUAGUCCAUAAUAAUAUCUAAAAGUGUUUCAAGUUAUAUCUGUGCAGCCCACAGUACUAUUUGAGAGUGCUUCAGUUUCUCAGUUAUUUAAAAGUCAAUUAUGGCAUCUGUUGUGGUUGAUGUUGUUCUUGAAAAGCUUGGUGGGAUGUUGAUAGAAGAGAUAAACAAGGAGGUUUCACUUGUCUGUAACUUUAGAAGUGACUUUGAAUGGCUGAGCAAGAAGCUCACAAAUAUAAAAGACUAUCUGAGAGAUGCAGAUGCCCAGAUUGCACACAAUGCGUCCGUGAAUAGAUGGCUGCUGGAUGUUGCAGAGAUCGCUUUGGAUGCAGAGGACAUACUGGACGAAUAUGCUGUUCACUCAAAAGGUACUCAUAGUGAAAUCUCCGAAACCUCUUGUGUAUGCAGUGCUUUCAGUUAUUCUCAGUUAGUGUUUCGCUAUAAAAUGGUACGUCGAAUUAAGGACGUGAAAGCUAGAAUAGGGUCCAUUAUGAAAGAUGGAAAAGAGCUGAAGCUUGUUGGGGAUGUCACUCAUUCAAACCAACCCUCUACAAGUACAGCACAGAAUGUAAACUGGAGGGGUUUCAAUAUGAUAGAGAGGGAUUCACAUCCAGUGGCUAUUGAGUCAAAGGUUGAAGAAAUCCUCCACCUGCUCGAUGACCCUGCUGCUCCUGUCAUCGCCGUUGUUGGUAUGGGCGGCGUUGGGAAGACAUUUUUAAUGCAAAAUGUUUUCAGCAGAAUAAAGGAUAAGUUUGAGAAGUCAAUCUGGCUCGCUAUUUCUCAGACUUACUCCCUUAAAAAGUUGCAAGCUUCUUUGGCCAUGGAACUAGAUUUGAACGAGGUUGUCAAUGAGAGGGUAGAUGAGGUAAAGGCAGCAGAGCUGAUUCAUGGCCGUUUAGCAAGCAGAAAGUUCCUCAUUGUGUUGGAUGAUGUGUGGAGGGCAACUGAGCAAGAGAACUUGGUAUUGGCACUUGGCAUUCCAAGGGGGAAUAACCCUGAGAGCAAAAUUGUGGUCACAACACGAAGCAGACAUGUGAGCAGCAACAUGAAUGCUCGUGUUUAUGAGCUGCAACCUUUAUCAAAAGAGGAGAGCUGGAACCUGUUUUGCGCUUUUGCCUUUAAAGGAAAUCAGCCAACACAUCAUCUUGAAGGGAUUGCUCGUCAAGUGGAAGGGGAAUGCGGGAGAUUGCCCUUGGCUGUUAAAACAGUGGCAGCAUCUCUGGCGAACACGACAUUAUCUAGGGAGUGGGAAUCUAAAUUGCAGCAGCUAAGAGCGGCAUCUUCUACCGAGGAUCCAAUUAUGCAGAUUCUCAAGCUAAGUUAUGAUUCUCUCCCUGCUCAUCUUAAGCCCUGUUUUGUGUAUCUUUCUUUCUUUCCCGAAGAUGAGGUAAUAGACUACCAAUAUCUCAUAAAUCUGUGGGUGGCGGAAGGAUAUAUUCCUCAAGGAGACGACCAACUAGACAUUGGAUGGAGUUAUUUAUGUCAUCUUGAAAGUCUAUGUCUGGUCGAGAGAGUACAUGACCGGAAUGAUAUUCAUGGUCAUGGUUUGUCGAAUAAAAGUUUCAAAGUGCAUGAUUUAUUGCUUGAUUUGACCAUCAGCAUAGCAAAAGAAAGUCAAUGUGCAUUUAGUGUGGAAGAAGCCUUCAAGAAAUAUCUCAUUGUGAAAACAGGCAGGACGUGUCGCAGAAUUUUAAUGGGCAACAGAAGCAUAGGCGAUGAUGAUGUAGAGGUAAGGGUAAGAAACAGGGCAUAUUCUGCAUCAUAUCUUCGCACUAUAUCCAUUUCAAAUAAUUCGGGCAUUCAAAAUAUUCCACCAAUCUUGAUCAAUGGUGCGAGAGUACUGCGUGUACUUGACUUGAGUGGGACUGGAAUCUCGGCAUUGCCCACUUCUGUUGGAAAUUUAAAGCUCCUUAGAGUUUUGAAUUUAAGUUGGACAAAUAUUACCAAGGUACCAGAAUGUGUAAGAAGUAUUAAGGGUCUUCGCUUCCUUGACAUUUCUUUUUGCAGCAGUCUAGAACAGUUCCCUGAGUGGAUUGGUGAGCUCAAUUGUUUGGAACAUCUGGAUAUCCGCGCAGACCGUAAGAAAUCCAUGCCGAAAGGAAUAUCAAAGCUUGUGUCUUUACAGGUACUGAAAUUACGUUUAGAGAACAACCUGUCUGUGGAAGACAAUGACUUCUUACAGCUGCAGCAUUUUGCCAAUUUGGUCAACCUCCGUGAAGUGCGGAUAACUAUUGGUCACGAGGCUGAAUCACGAGGCUGAAUUGAAGAGUAUAGAAGAUGGCAUCCUCGCCCCGUUGGUGAAGAUGCGUGAUCUGACAAUAGUUAAUUAUGCUAAUGAAGGUAAUUAUGCUAAUGCAGAUAAUUGUCCACCUGUAUCGGAGAAAAUGUUAGCUAUGAAGGAUCUUGAAUACCUUUGGCUAGACCACUUUCCAGUGCCAAAUUGGAUAUGUGGUUUCUCAAAUCUGAUGGAAUUGAUUUUAUUGAGCUGUGAUUGUGUUGAAUAUCCAGCACUAGAAAUCAUGCCCAACUUAAUAACAUUGUAUUUAAGCGGGAAUAGCAAUUGCAAGGCAUUGCCAAAAGGGUUUGGGAAGCCCGGGGGAUUCCCUCAGCUACGGUUUUUCAGAAUUGAUGGCUUUGAGGUGUUAGAGGAGUUGCCAAAAUUAGAAGAUGGAGCGAUGCCACGCCUUGAGAUACUACAAGUAGGCUUUUGUGAGAAUCUAAAGAAACUUCCAUGUGGAUUACAGCUCUUGAAAAGUCUAAAAGAGUGUCACUUGUACUACAUGAAGGAGACACAAAUGUCUGAGAGUGGGGAAUUAUUGAAAAAACUGAAAGCCAAUAAUCCCAAUGUCAAAAUUGAGGUUGUAAAAUGCUGAAAAGCAAAAGGUGUAUUUUUAUAAUUUCCUUUUAUAAUGUAAAUGAUUGUUUCAUUGUGUA